UGCAAAUUAAACAAGCAGUAACAAUAUUAAAGUGCUGCUUAAUUUAAGAAGCAAUAAGCUAAAUUAUUGAGGCAAAAACAUGGGCUUAUUUGCUAUAUCACAUUUGGUUAUCUUUUCUCAUCUACUAAUUGUUUUAGUUUGUUUCACUAGCCCAUGUUUCAGCUUCAGACCAAAACACUUCAAUUUGUCCACCUAUGCCACUCACUGGGCGUCGGCCGGAGCUACUUGGUAUGGCAGCCCCGAUGGUGCCGGUAGCGACGGGGGAUCUUGUGGAUAUGGAACAGCAGUAUCACAAGCACCUUUCUCUUCCUUGGUUACUGGAAUUGGCCCAUCCCUCUAUAAAUCUGGAAGAGAAUGUGGAGCUUGCUACCAGGUGAAAUGUACAAAGAAGGUGCAUCGAUCGUGUUCAGAGAAGGGAGUAAGGGUGGUUAUAGCAGAUUUUUGCCCAGGUGGUCCUUGCGUCUCACAAUCAGCACAUUUUGACUUAAGUGGAACUGCAUUUGGUUCAAUGGCUAUUCCUGGACAAGAACACAAACUCAGGAAUGCUGGUGUCUUGCAAAUUCUUUAUGCUAGGGUGGCGUGUGAUUAUUCGAGGAAAAAUAUCGCGUUCCAUGUCGACCAAGGUUCAAAUUCGGAAUACUUCGCAGUGGUAAUAGAGUUUGAAGAAGGAGAUGGUGACCUUGCUAAAGUUGAAAUGAAAGAAAAAACCAGCAACAGUAAAUGGAGGCAAAUGCAACAGUCUUGGGGUGCAGUUUGGAAGUUGGAUGCUGGCUCUGAAUUACACCCUCCAUUUUCCAUCCGAUUAACUUCACAAUAUUCAGACCAGAUAUUAAUAGCCAAGAAUGUGAUUCCCACUGGUUGGCAGCCUGGUGCUACAUACCGCUCCCUCGUUAAUUAUCUUUAAGAGUUUAAGUUGUACGCACUGAUAGUAUAAAAAGUAUUACAGUCAGUGUAUAUAACUUGAAAAAAUCACAUCUAAUUAAGUUACGUUUGUAUUUGGCUUGUAAGAUAGUAGUAAAUUAUGUAUUCGCCGUACUUAUUGUUCACCAUUGGUGGCCGGGCCAAAGAUGGUCCCGUGCUAAGCAUACAUAUAGUGUGUGUAUUUGUACGAAAUUGUAACCCCAAAAAAAUGAAUUUGUAUGAAUUUUAAAGG